AUGUCAGCAAUUCAGCGCUCCUUCGCCCCGGCUCGACUCGGCAUACAGAAGCGUGAAAGAACGGAGAAGGACCCGGGCCCGUCAACGGACGAGCCACACACGGCUUCUCCAGAGCUCGGGAGUGUCAGAAUCCACUGUUUCCUCGAUUUGAUGGGAAUCGACAAGCUCCGUCCGUCCCUGCGGCUCUGGCAUGAAGACGACCCGCCGCCAAACCUGGCCACCAAUAUCAAUGCUGAUCGGGCAGCCCAUCAACUGCCGCGAUGCUUCGCGUUUGGAGCCCUUCGGGCCUGUUCUGCUCGUUUGACUGAGGAAUCAAACAAGCACGGCCCAGCUCAGCCGCUCCGAAGCAUUACUAUGGGUUACAAAUGCGCCCACGAGGGCGCAACUUGCUGUGGCUCCGGAGUCACCGUGGCCAAGGAGACGAGCGGCAGGCAGUUGGCGGCUCGCUCUCAACGCAGACAGGCCAACCCUUUCUUCGGCUGCCGCCGAUAA